GAAGACAAAACAAAAAUGCACAUGAGGUCAAACAAGCCAAGGGCCGCACGCACGUUGCCUAUUUUGUCUUGUCCCUUCCCUUGUAGGUAUGUGCUCCAUCCGAAGCUGAAGAUGAUAAAUAACCUUGGCACCGGUCUGGCCCGGUCUGGGUCCCUCCCCUACCAGACGCACCGCACCGACUCAUGAAGGGUGCCGAGGCCUUAUCACGAUCCCGUCCUACCCAUGGCUGAAACAGAAACGACUCUUCGUUCUGUUCAAUUCCACCAUGGUCUUCAACACACCCAUUUCCGUCAUCCACUCCUUGACGAGCUUGACGAGAGUAUCUGUGUACUAGUCCGGUCUCGCCUACAUCCAACAAGAAACCCAAAUGUGCUGCUCUCGCCUUUCGUUUGGCUACCCAUCCCCGCGUCUCUCGAAACGCCAAACAACCCUGUUCCGGUCCUUCAAGCCCGUAUAACCGCCCCUUGGAUAUGUCACAAUGUCCCAACCGAACCGCCCACUUUGCAAGUCAUUAGACAACGCUCGCGACCUUCGGAGCAGAUAAUACCGUACCCUCACUACGCACCUGCACCAUGUCAGCGCAAGCCCUCUUCGAAAUAUCAAGUUCAAACUCGGACAAGUAGCAGGCCGUCGACGAUAUAUGCGAAUUGGCAUUCAGCGACUCCCCACCAGACCGCGGAUCGGAACUCGGAAGCUGGGCAUGAAGUCUCUCCGCCGUGUCGGUGCUGUGCUUUGGCUGUCAGAGAAGAGCCUCUGGGAGCUGUCAAGUGUCCAGGAGAGCAAGACGGGCAUUGCUUAUCAAUGAUAUAGCACCCCCAUCACGUCAAUCAAUUCCUUGCCUCGUUUUCGUCUUCUACCAUCUCUUCAACAGAAACGUCGGUUCGGCAUCCACCUGGCA